AUGGCAUUAAAUCAAUUCAAAAAAGUCUUGAUUCUGGGAGGUACCGGGAAAGUCGGCCGUCAGAUCACAAAACUCUUCGCGACGACAUCUACACUCACUUUUCAAGCCUCCCGAAACGGAGCUGUCACCACGGAGCCGGAGGCCGGCAAUGUCAAGCCUAUUGCCUUCGAUUGGGGGAACGAAGGGACAUGGACGGCCGCGCUAGACCUUGGCGCGACAAGCAUCUUUCUGGUGGCUCCGCCGGUCAUGGACAUGCUCCCACCGAUGCAGGCUUUCAUCGACCAAGCACGGCGGCAGGGCCCGACCACUAGAUUUGUGCUGCUGAGCGGGAGCCUCACAGAACCUGACAUUAACGGUUACGCGAUGGGCCGACCGCAUGCGUACUUGAAGGAACUUGGCGACAUGGGCCAGAUAGAAUGGGCUGCGCUGAGGCCGACGUGGUUUCAACAAGAAAACUUCGCGGAACAAGACAAUCACCGGCUAGCGAUUCGGAGUGAAAGCACGAUUUACUCCGCUACGGCGGAUGGAAAACUUCCUUGGGUCGCAGCGGAGGACAUUGCGGCCUGUGCAUUCCAGCUACUCACCCAAGAAGAUGCGCCAAAUGACGAGUAUCUCAUUUUUGGCCCUGAGCUGCUCGGCUACGAUGACAUCGCAGCUAUACUCUCCGAAGUUUUGGGUCGAAAGAUUGUUCACAAACGUCUCUCGGUGCAGGGACUUGUUGAGCGUUACGUCGCUCAGGGCAUGCCGCGGGACUACGCGGAGAUGAUGGGCGGGUUGGACACGGCUAUCAAGAACGGGAGUGAGAACCGGACGAACAGUGUCGUCCUUGCGGUGACUGGAAAGCAGCCAAGGAAGUUCCGUGAGUUUGCAGAGAGAAACAAGGCAGUCUGGGCGCAAGAUGUCUGA